CUUGCGUUCAUUGUGACCCACCAGGGCGUCUACAUGGCGGCUGUGGUUGAGACUUUAAAUACAACUAAACAUUUCAUCCAAGAGGUGACACACGACCGUUCUUUCACGCGCGUGCAUCUGAAAGGGUUAACAUGUUUGGAGCCAAAAGCUUUUUCUAGUCUCUUAAGUUGUAGCUCUUCUUGAAGCUUGCGAGAUAUUGACAGUCAUCAACAGGAGGAUGGAGCAGGUGGAGCAGAUCCAACCCGAAAGCCCCCAGCUAGAGUCUAUAAGAUCAGAUGUACACGAGGGUCAGUUCGAUGAAGGAAGUACCGGUACAAGCACUCGACGGAAGAGAAGAAAGAGAGAAGCCAGGCCAGAGUCCAUUAUUGUGUACCGCUCUGAUACAGAGAGAGCAGCUGGAGAAGAACAUGGAGGAGAUAUUGAGGGUUCAGAGAGGACCACUGAAGAAGGGGCUACUUUUCUGAACAACACUACUGGUGAAGGUUGGAGUCUACCACCAGACAGCCGCUAUGUGACACUAACAGGAACCAUCACACGUGGCAGGAAGAAAGGUCAGAUGGUGGACAUUCACGUCACCCUUACAGAGAAAGAGCUGCGCGAGAUGGCAAGAUCCAAAGAGCGUCUGGGCGCUGAACGCGAAGACGGAGAGGGAUCGAGCCACUCGUGCGCUCUCGGGAUUUCUCGAGGUCCCCACAUUGUCCUGUGGAGUCUCUUUUGUGCUCCCGUAGUCUUCGUUUUGUCCUUCAUCACCUCGUUCUACUAUGGAACUCUCACGUGGUAUAACAUUUUCCUGGUUUACAACGAAGAACGGACGUUUUGCCAUAAAAUAACAAUUUGCCCCUUUCUCAUCAUCUUCUACCCUGUGCUCAUCGUAGCUCUAUCGCUGUCGUUGGGACUGUAUUCGGCCAUUGUGCAGGUGUCUUGGGCGUUCAGUGAAUGGUGGCUAUCCGUCAGGGACCUGGAGAAGGGCUUUUGUGGAUGGGCUUGUGGGAAACUCGGAUUGGAAGACUGCUCGCCUUACAGCGUGGUAGAGCUGCUGGACUCGGACACGAUCUCUGGGAGUUUGCAGGGAAAGAGUUUACAAACUUCCUCAGUGUAAGUUUUGGAACAAAGCCACAAUGUUUGUUUUUUGAGGCUUUUUACAGGCUUUUUGUUAAAUAUCGUAUUAGUCCAAAAUCAAAAGCUUAUAACUGUGUUCUAACCAGGCGAACCAAGUUUCCAGGCGUGACGACACACGAUUGCAGCCUAUCAGAACAUCUUUUAUCUUUAAUAUACAGCUAUGUGGAGUGGGAUUUGGGACCAAUGAGAUUUCAUAGAGGGCAAAAAGCUGUUUUGGUUCCAGAAGUAUUUUUCCCAUCCAUUUAUUCCAUAGGAAUAUGACAUCACAUUUGGUUUGGACUCUGUUUAUGACAAAGACUAAACAAUUGUUUGCUUAUUUUGUCUGUUUCUUACCAACAAAGUCCUUUUUUGCUACCUAUUUUUAUCAUAUGUUAUAUGACACAAUGUUUUCCUUUCAUGGUGUGUUUCUUAUUAUAUAUUCAUCUUUUUAACAUAUUUACAAUAUUUAUUGUAUUAUAUUUAUUUUAACAGUUUGCAUGUGUGUGUUUUUUAGGAAGGAGAUAAGAAAUCAUUUCUCUAAAUCUGAGGGGUUAAAGAAAGAGCAGAUAAACUGUAAAUGCUUUAAUAUCCUUCUCAAAAAUUAAGCCAUAUAUAUUGAUAUGCAAAUAAACAGUGAAACUUUGUGAGAA